AUGACCACCGAUUACGAUACGCCGAUUGAAUUGAGUUACUAUCCGCUACCUACUUCUAUCCACCUCCCGACUCACCAGUGUAGAAAGUACUUUUAAAAAAUGCUCUUAUUUUUUCACUAAAACAAAAAUCGUUUCGUAGCCGCUAUAAGCCAUCCCAAGUCAAGUCAUACACAUGAAAAAAAAAUUCAAAAGCUUCAAAACAUAAUUUUUCCAGGCCGUUGGGUAUUGCUAUAGGAAUAUCGCUUCCCGAAUCUGUGAUUAUCGUAUUUUACGUGCUUCAUGCAUCGAAACCAAUGUAUUCGAAGCUAGAUAUCCUAGUCGAAGCCGUAGAAACUCCUUACUUGGUGGGAAAUUUCAGUUUGCGAUUAUUAUUGACUCUUUCCUCAGAUUGCGGUCAUUGUGAAAAUGUUCCUGGUGACGUUCACCUUGUCCGGCUACAUUUUGAUCUUGUGGAGCGUGAACCGGGAAAAGUCGGCGAUGUCGACGUCGGCAUCGAAGAAACACAGCCACGUGACGAUUAUCCUGCAGGCCUUGCCCAUCGCCCUCUACUCCGUCGUGAGUUCCGAGCCUGAAAUACUCGAAAACUUGGCAAGAUUCCAGCUUUUCCUAUUUUUCGACCUCUUCAUGAAGUUCUUCCUCAUCAAUUACUUCCCCUUGCAAUCAGCCAUUAUUUACCUUAUAUUCGUUUUCACUUCAGGUUUUGACUGGAUUUUUUUCUAUUUUCAAAAACGACCUUUCAGGCUAUGUCGUACCUUUGUCAUUCAUUAUCGGGAACCCGAAAUGGCGCAAAAUCUUCACAUCGUUCAGCUUCAGAAAUUGUUCAAGAUCCAAUAAAGUUUGGGCGAGAAAAGCUACCAGAACUUCUGAUUCUACCCCUGAAUAAAGAAAUUUGAACCGUUUGAUUACAAGGAAAUGUAACAUGAAACGUCAAGAUAAUGUUCUAAAUGGAAGGGUCCAGACAAAAAAAUUGCAAAAAAACCUUAGGGAAUUUCUAAGUGAGAGUAGUUCUACGAAUCUAAAAAGGUUCACCCCAGAGUUUCAAAAAAAUUCUGUGUAACUUUUUAGUUGUUUUUAAUAUUCAAAAUGUUCGAGAAUAUAUGAAAGUAGAGGUUUCACACCCAGACACAGGAUGCUCUGUACCUCUCACUGUCCCUAGAAAAAAAAUUAAUAAAUACUCCUAGGGAUGGAUUCAACCGAAUGGACUUUCACACAAGGAACAACUAUCAGAGUUUUGAAAUUCGAUCCACUGGGAAAAUUUUUAGUGGCCACUAUAGAAGCUCGCCAAGGACUACUUCGACACUAAAGUGGCCACUAAACCCCCCUCUAUAGUAGCCACUAUUGUCCGUUUUAGUGGCUACAGAAGUGUUUUAAAAACUACCGAAGUGGCCACUAAAGACGAUCUCUAUUUAGUGGCCACUUCAGUAAUUUUUCAUCCAGUAUUCCUUCCAGUAACUUUGAUAAUUUUGAAACAAACGGAUCUUUUAUGUUGAUCCAUUGACCCCUAAAGUGGCCACUAAGACUUUUAGUUGUCUAGUAGUAGCCCUUAGACCUCUAUAGUGGCCAGUAAUUUUAGACCCCUUAAAUGGCCACUAAUUUGACUACUAUAGUGGCCACUAAAAAUUUUCCGAGUAUUUUUAAGAGACGAAUUACAUGGUCGUGAUUAGGAUUUUCUCUUUCUUCUGAAUGAAGAAAAAGCUGAAGAAAAUAAAAAUACAGCGAGGCCGGUAUUGAAUCGGAAUCAGUUGUCGUUAGGAGUCACACAUAAAUGUCCAUGUUCAAACAGGGAAGUCAUUGAAGUUACUUUCCCAUAUUAUUAGAAAUAAGUUUAAGGCUGCAAUUUUCGCUCUAGCCAAAAACUGCAUGUAAAAGGGGCGUGGCCAGCCAAUCAGAGGCAUUGUUCGCCAGAGCAAAUUUUUCUCUAUUAAAAACUCAACUCAAGCUUUUUAUUCACUUCCAGAAAAUAAUAUGAAAAGUCUCAAAAAAAUAUGAUUUAUCGAUUUAAAAAAAGAUUAACUAUUUUUUUGAAAACUCAAAAACUGACUUGAGAUCAAAACGACGAAGUCGAUCCGAGUUGAAUUUCUGCCGGGAACCCCGAUUUUUUUGGAAAAAGACCUUCGGAAGAGCCGGCCCAGGCGAAAAAGUUGAAAAUCGGUGGCCAGCAUGUCCAAAAGGUAGGAAGUACCUGCAGAAAAACCUUGAAUUUACAAAAAUUAAUGAGGUUUUCUCAUAUUUUAUUCGCAAAAGGUCUUGAAACAAACAAAAAAAAGCAUUUUUUUUUUAAUGAGUAAUUAGGCUGUUUUUUUCUUUGAUCUACUCCGUUUUUUUCGAACUUGUUAAAACAACUUCAGACUUCCCACCGAUUUCGAAAGACUGAAUUCAAAAAUCAGCUCAAAGCGUCCUAUUUUUUUCAUUAAAAUACGGGUUUUUAAUAAAAGUACAUCUUGACGGCUUUCGACCUUCAUUUCACACAAAAAAAUCCAUUUUUUCUUCAUCAGUUUAUUUUUGACAAGUCUAGGGUAUAAUGGAACGGAUAAAAAAAAGUACAAAUGAAAGGAAAAAUUAUAACAAAUAUCUUUUUAAGAUAAAAUAAAUAGCAAGUACUGUAAGCAAAUGAGAAAAAUGAAAAUGAGAGGGCAAAACUUCAGAGAUCACUUGAGCCGAAAUCUUUGGAGAGAUCGAGACAAAGCCCAGAUAUUGAAGGAUAGAAAUUGGGAAGGUGGUUACAAAGUUCUGCUCAAGGGGGAUUGGAGGCUUCGCUUUUCCAGCCAACAUAUAUCGAAAAAAAUAGUUGAAGGGGUCCUUCUUCUCAUUUCCCGCGGUAGUAGAUCCGCAUUGGGUCAUGAUGUAUCAGCGGUGGUCGAGAGAAACGACGGCGAGGAGCUGGAGCAGCUCGGACCGGCUCCACUUCUUCUUCUUCUUGUGUGCUCAACUGAAAGGUGAUAGCGAUGAAUUGUAGAAAUCAAUAGAAAGGUCGAAGCUUCUCUAGCAAUUUUUUAAGUUCUGCUAUGGACUUGAAAAGGUGGUACAGUCCGUUUCUCGCGACUUGAUAGCGUGGCAUUUCUCUGCGCCCUCAUUAUCUCUCGACGUCUCUCUCAUGUUUACGUGCUGUUUCCGUGUUUCUCUGACCUCGCCGGUGAGGGAACAGAGAGACGCAGACACUCGAAAACUGUCAAGUCGCGGCGGAUGGACUAUAAUCUACUUGAAUUCUUACCGAGCCACUCGAAGUCGAAUCUUCUUCGACUUCUUCCAGCCCCUCGAUUUCUUGGUCUUGACGCCGUGGCGGAUCCCUGUAUCGCCAACGAAGAGGGUCGUGGGCCAUCAAGACCAUCCGACGAGGAGCAGGUUCGUCUACAGGAGCUGGAGCACGUCGACGACGACGAUUCUCCUCUUCGGAUUUUUCGAUCUGGGAUACAUGAAAUGAACUCAAUAAUGAUAUAGUCUGUUCAGAUUUUGAAUGUCAAGCAGCUAACUCCACCCCCAAGGCUACAAUAUCUCUCGCGUCAAUGUUUUAUCUACAGAUGACGAUGUCCCUUUAAUAAGGCUGCAUUUUUGACUUCUUUUUCUAUUUUUUAGAUCAAAAAAAAGGGAAAGGAAGAUUUAUUAAGUCAAGAAAAUUAUAUCCUUUGAAACAUUUGUUUCACUAAAACUUUUUUUCAAUAUAUCAAAUCAAUGAGGAUGUCAAGGAAGAUCUAUUUCAAGUAAAAACUAACAAAUCUCCCGUUGAGCCUGAUCCUGAGCGAGCUUGGGCCUGGCCCAGGCGCGUUCACCUCCGUUUCCAACUCGGACCCGAUCGAGGGAACUCUCGAUCUUUUUGCUCUUUGA